AUGCAGAUUCGUGUUAAGUGCAAUUGCGGUGAAGGAAACUGCGUGGAAUGGGGCGUUGUUGAACUGCAAGGAGUUGUUGAACCACAACCUGGUUUUCAGGGUUCCCUCGCCAACCUUCAAAUUGGCACUCUCUGUCGUCCGGCUUCUCAGGAAGUCUACACUUUAACUAUUGGGUACCAUGAACUGACAGGGUCAAAGGUUUUCUUGAAAAAGCCGUUGUUAGUGCUCAAGAAAGUAAAGCAUAUGGAUGGAGAAAAUUGUAGUGAUGUUGAGUUACAGGUUGUUGGAAUCAUUAGACAUAAGAUUCUGUUCAAGACCAGACCAAAGGCCCUCAUUUCUAAGCCACAGAUAACAUCCAGAGAAAAACAAAAGUCUACCAUGUUAGGCUCUGCAGCUUCAAGUCAAGCUGUGUGA